GACCGAGGGUUUCCUGUCAGCGUCUGACACUGACAUCACUCAGUGAGUCCUUGAAUGAGUUUCCCGGGCUUACCGGAUCGCACCGGAUGCUCUUCGAGAGGCCGUCCUCUCGAGAGAGAGAAAGAAGAGAGGAAAAGAUAAGGGACACUCGUCGAAAUUCGACGCGAAUCGACGAGUGAAUCUUUAUACGUCGCCGUACGAAGUUUCUGGGUACCUGGACAAGAUGUGCGCGUCGAUGACGUUCGGUCGACGAGGGUUCACUCCCAGGGAUGUCGCGUGGUUCAACAUCAAGCGAUCGCGGUGCUCCAACCGCGACGAGUCAUCGAUGAGCAAUGUUCUCUCCCGACGAUGUACUGCCUCAUACACCAUUAAUGUCUCGCGAGUCCUGGGUCGGUUUUUCUACGAGAACACCAGGAUAUUCUCGACCACUAGGACCCCGAUCUCUUCCGAUUCCGUCAUUGAUGCUCUGACAAAGCAACAGGCGAUGGAAUUGGUUUCGAAACUUUCCUCGGAGGAACGUGGCUUAUUUUUGACGGCCCUAAAUGAAUACAAAUCCAAGGAAGAUAAGGCGGGCUAUGAAGGUCAAUUGGCAGCUAUUCGAUGGAGAAGCAAGUUUGGCAGGCCUAGCAAAAUACCAUCAUUAGGAGAGGUAGAUCCUACAGGAACCUACUGUCCGAUGCCGGAUGAUUGGUUAAAUCGCAAGUAUGUUGAAAACGUUGCAGAACCAACCACGAAAGACCUGGUAUUAGUCGCGAUCGCGAAUGCAAUUCCGUUCGUCGGAUUUGGUUUUCUUGACAACUUCAUCAUGAUCGUUGCUGGCGAUCAAAUCGAGUUGAUGUUGAACAGAAGGUUUCCGAUUUCGACCAUGGCGGCGGCAGCGCUGGGUAACACGGUGUCCGAUGUCAUCGGGAUUGGUUCGGUGCAUUACGUUGAGAUGUUCGCCCAGAAAGUUGGCUUUGAAGCGCCUAAGUUGACUCUAGGACAACUGAAUCUACCAAGAACACGGAUAGCUGCGAAUGUGGGUAGGGUCAUUGGCGUUACGAUUGGAUGCUUGAUUGGUAUGACGCCUAUACCAUUAGCUACGCUUUUCCGUAAUGAUAGCUGAAUUGUGUAAAAAUUGGUUGUGAAGCGGAUUAAUUUAAUUAACUUAUAGGACAAACACUCUAUAAUAAGCCGCAAACACCCCGUGAUAAGUUUACAAAUACCUAUGAACUUUAAUAAUUUUAAUGUUAGCAAAUAAUAUGAUUUCUGUUUGAGUGCAAA